CACAUGCAGAGAGAAGCUGGGACGGGAGACAGAACAGAAGAGAGCUGUCAAGCUGCAAGGAGGCAGCGAAGGGACGACUUAGUUUUUUCUUGGAAUACAUCCUCCAUCUCUGAAGCCCACACACACACACACACACACACGCACACACACACACACACACACACAGUGCUGUUGUCAAGCGCAGUGAAUUAUUUUUCAGGAUCCAAAUUUAUUCAAGCCUGACUCAAGACACGAGACCGUGUGGAUCCAGUAUCUUUGCAACUUGGACUUUUUGCUUUUUUUGGACUAAGUGUGUACCUGUGUGUGACUGUGUGUUGGGAUUCAACACUUCACCUGAAUGCAACACUGAGGAUUUGACUAAUACUGUGCUGGGCACUUGUUACUGUAGUGAAUUUGUAAGUUUGGACUGCGUUUGUUUGUUUGUGUGUGUGAGGAGGAGGAUGUAUUGGCCGGUGACUGCGGUCCUGCUAGCCCACCUUGGGGCUACCUUUACGGGGGCUUGGAGAGCAUCUCAACCAAGACUGCAGUUCACACACUCCGAGCUAAUUCAGAACGGCCGUCUGCUGAUGCUGCCCCUGGUGGCCGGGGACCUGCACUCCAUGCUUCCUGACGAAGACAAGAGGCGUCUCUACGUGGCCAUGAAAGAUAACCUGCUGUCUACCAGUCUGGACGACAUAACGCAGAACCCGCGCAAGCUACACUGGCCAGCCAGUCCAGACCGUGUCCAGGAGUGUCUCAUGGCUGGGAAGGAUCCAGAGUUGGAGUGUGCCAACUUCCUGCGAGUUCUGCAGCCUUUUAACCAGACUCACCUGUACGUCUGUGGCACUGGAGCCUUCAACCCUCGAUGUGCUUUCAUAGCUACCAGCAUCUUCCAACAGUCAGAGCACCAGACUCUCUCCUACAGCCAGACAGAGUGUGGGAAAGGGAAAUGUCCCUACGAUCCGUUCCAGAAAACAGCCUCCGAUGUCGUUGAUGGAGAGCUGUAUGCAGGGAUCACCUCGGACUUCAUGAGCCGAGACUCCGCCUUCUUCCGUAGUCUCGGCAGCCGUCACGUCAUCCGCAGCGAGCAGUACGACUCCACCUGGCUGCAGGAUGCCCAGUUUGUGCGGGUAGCGCCGCUGUCUGAAACUGAUAACCCGGAAGAUGAUAAGGUCUAUGUGUUUUUCACUGAGCGCGCUCAAGAGGCAGAAGGGGCUGCUGGGAAGGUGCUCUACUCCAGAGUGGCACGUGUGUGCAAGAAUGACAUCGGAGGCCAGAGGAGUUUAGUCAAUAAGUGGAGUACCUUCCAGAAGGCUCGUAUGGUGUGUUCAGUCCCUGGACCAGAUGGCCUGCAGACACACUUUGACCAGCUGCAAGACAUCUUUAUCCUCCAGGCAAAAGACAAGAAGAACCCUCUCAUCUACGGCCUGUUUACCACCUCUAGUGACAUCCUGAACGGUUCAGCAGUGUGCGUUUACCGGAUGGAAGAUGUGGUUCGAGCUUUCAAGGGAAACUUCCUUCAUAAGGAGGGACCUCAGUACAAGUGGGCAGAGUUCACAGGCAAGGUGCCCUACCCGCGACCAGGAACUUGUCCCAGCAGCACGUAUGGAAGUUACAGCUCGACCAGAGAAUAUCCUGAUGACGUCAUCUUCUUCAGCAGGACUCACCCGCUGCUGCAGGAAAAUGUGCUGCCGCUGGGAGAGCGCCCCCUUUUGGUGAGAGUGGGUGUUCACUAUAAAUUCAGCAAACUGCUGGUGGACAGAGUGGAGGCCGUGGACAGCACCUACGAUGUCCUGUUCAUCGGCACAGACUCGGGCCUUGUGAUUAAGGCCAUCCAUCUGCCCAGAGAACAUGGGCAGAGUCAGGAGGUCACUCUGGAGCAGCUGCAGGUCUUCCGGCACAAAUCACCUGUGACAGCCAUGACACUGUCAAAGAAAAAGCAGUGGUUGUUUGUUGGCUCCAGGGAGGGCGUGUCCCAGCUGGCUCUAUACCAGUGUGAGCUGUACGGCCAGGCCUGCGCUGAGUGCUGCCUAGCCAGAGAUCCCUACUGCACCUGGGACGGACACGCCUGCAGCCCUUACAUGCCCACCGUGCGCAGAAGGAACGCUCGUCACUUAGGGGAGGAUGAGGAUCCACUGACUCAGUGUGUCAGACAAGGAGCCGGGCUGCAGGUGGAGGCGGAACAGAGAAUGAUGAUGGUUGCCGAGGGCAACAGCACCUACUUGGAGUGUCUGCCCCGAUCCAGACACGCUGCUGUUACCUGGUACAAACAGGUUGGAGAGAACAGUCCUGAACUCAACCAGGUGGUAACAGGUGACCAGCUCGUGGUGAUCGAGCGGGGCGUCCUGAUUCGUCAAGCUGAGCUGUCUCACGGUGGCGUCUACCACUGCCAGGUGGAGGAGCAUGGCUACCACUGGACCGCCGUCACUGUCCGCCUCGCUGUCUGGAGCCCCUCAGCCAAUCGCCUGCUUGCUUCCUGGUCCGCCUCAUCUUAUCAGAGCGCAGGAUCCAAGCCCUGGUACGAGGACGUGAUGGCGCUGAUUCACCCUGGAAACCUCGGCCAACACUGUCGGGCCCUCGGAUACCGCCCCCCACGCAACCACCGUCGUCAUGGUGAUAUCAUGGCGGAGCCUAACAAGGAGAAAGAGAGGGGGCAAAGGCAUAAGCACGGGGGAGGUAGAGGCGAUGGGGGAGGAGGAGGAGGAGGAGGGAGGGCAGUGGGGAGGAAGAGCAGGAGCAAGCCGCAACAGAGGGCACCGAGGAGCGCUUGAAAGUGUAGUGGAACAGGAGGGCAAAUGUUCAGUGACUUAAACCCACACACACACAUACACACACACACACACACACUUAUGUUAACGUCCACAUUAAGACACACAAAUGUGCACCCACACACACUUAACUUAUACACUGAGAAACACACAUACUGUAUCUACAGAGACUAUGACAUGCGCAUGCACUUAUCUACAAACAAAAAAGGCAUCCUUUCAUUAUAGUGACCAACUUUCAAACUAAGCUACAUAUAAACAAACUGAAGUAUGUACAGGAGGAUGUGAAGAAAGAAGAAAAAAGACAAAAGACUUGUGAAUAAAAAGGAAAAAGUAGAACCCCUUAGGCUGCGUAGUAUGUUGAAUGAAGGAUGAAUGGCACGUCCAGAUCACUCAGUUUAACUGACUCUGUGUCGUGACAAGGACAUGGGAAAGGAUGCUUUGGAUUUGGAGCUUCUUCAGAUAGAAAAAGAGACCGAAAGUAAAUACUCAGCAUUUGAAAAAUCACCCAACCCCUCUGAAAUUAGUGCUGCCUUAAAGGACCAUACUGGUGACUUUUUAUGUUUUUGCCCAUUGAUUAUAAAACACAUACACACUGCCAAUUAUUCUCUAAAGCAGAACAGAUGUGUUAUGAUUGAUUUCGUACCUUCCAGGCAGACACUGGUUUCCAUCAAAUCCAGUGCGCUUUGAAAACCAUCUUACAGAAACAUCUUAAAUGCUUCCGAAUGCAGAGCUAUGUUAUUGCAUUGUCCAAACUUCACUGUGUUGAGUUUAAAUUUCAAGGACACCCCAUCUUUCGCUUUCAAAAGAUUGUCGAUCAACUGCUCAAAAGAUUUUGAUUGACAAGCAAUGUCAGUGGAAAGUCAAAGGGAGAAGACAAAGAAGCAAACAUGGCGGCGGUUCACUUUCGGAGAACACGUCCUUGAACACAUCCGCUGAGGCUUUACUUUGAACAGUUUCAGCAUAACAGCUAAACUAAGACGUAGAAGUUAAAAAAAUAAUAUUCUCUGUGUGUUUUAAUAAUCAGCAGUGAUUGUUAAAGGGUUUUGAGAAGGUCAUUGUUUACUCUAGAUUGUGAAUAGCAGUAAAUAGCACUGAUGAGCAUUCUACAUCCUUUUCCCUAAAUGCAUAUAAACCCACUCUUUCUUCAGAUUGGUGUUCUCUGACCGCAAAAUGACGGACCGUGACCACAAAUAUAGAAGGCAGAUAAAAACAGAGAGCUUUGAUGAGGUUACGGAUCUACUUUCCCAGGAUGUUGCACACUGCAGGAGAUGUUUUCAUUAUGCUCUCCUCAAGGUUCAGAAAUGUUAGCUGGUAAUGUACAACCACAAAUCUGGAACAGCCAAGCAACAGAGAGCUUAGUAUAGGUGUGGGGGGAAAAGUGAACAGAAAUGAAGACACCAGUGUGUUUUAUAAGGUCAGAAAAAUAAUCCUAAUGCAAAUGUUGGUUUAGUUUGCCUGAAGUCCUACAUGGGUACAGUGUAUAGAUUUAGAAAAUAAUGUUUAUUGUUAGGUAGGAGAGAAAAGACACAUCUGCACAUCAACUCUAAUAAACAAAUGUUGUUUUUGCUUCAUGAGUUUCUGGGGAAAGAAAUGUUUCGCUGCUAUUAGAUGAGGUACAAUCAAGCCUCUCCAGUAACUACAAAAGAAAAAAAUCCUUCUUCCUCCUGACAUUGAAUAAUGAAUCAAUUUUAAGGACAUUACGACAUUUGUGGCAAAACACAGAUAUUUGAAUUGGAAGUUUCUAGCAAGUGGAGACUUUUAGAGGCUCUGUAUCUAUUGGACAAACAAUUAGUUUUUACUGUAAUAUCAAAAAUAUUGUUAGUAGUGUUUGAUGAGACACGGACAAAGAGGCCCGAAGUGUGAACAAGAGACUCUGUACAGAUCUUGCAUGUUUUUCAACCUAUGGUUCAUCACCCUGAAUGGGCCAAUGGUGUCUUUGAAUAGGUUGCAGCUCCACUAAAGAAGUGGAGUAAUAUAUUGCUGGUCCCGUAGCUCCAACUGGUCAUAAAAUCUGGCUGUAAAUUAUACAGCAGGCCCGAUGUAUAAUAAAGAACCCUUUAUUAUACAAGGUUGGAACUUGAGAAAGUGCUAAAGGACUGGCGUCGAGUGGACGCUGACGUUUGGGAUUUUAGCAACUUCAGUGACUUUGCAAGGCAGUUAAUUGUGAUUUGUUCUUCAUGUUAAAUCUACACAACUUGUUCCACCUCUAUUUGACGUUCUUCUCAGUGGUAUUUAUUUGUUUAGUCUGGAGUGAAACUGCUUGCUUCAGAAGUUGGGAGGUUGGAUUUCUCGGGGAAUACCUCAAGAUCCCAAAUCCACCAAUUCAACCUUGAUGUCUCACAAACUGGAUACUUAUUUAAUGUUUGUGUUGAUCUGUCUUUCUAUGUAUGUACUGUAUGUUUGUAUGCCCAUACAUUGAAGUCUGCAGUCCUUUUUUUUUUCUUUCAAGAUGUACAAUUGUUAACAUCUGCUUCUGUUGAUGCACCUUCCCAAUCCCACCUGUUGACAUUAAGAUCAGUCCUUCCAGCUAUCACAUACAUUUUUUGAGGAUUUGGCCCAUUCCGCCUUUACUUCGGCUCAAAGCAGCGUUUCUGUUUCUCUGACAGUUUCAGUUGUUUUCCAGAACAACAGAUACAAAACAAAUGCUGAAACAGAACUGAUCUGAUAGAGCAACAGAGAGAAUGGACAAGGGAGAGGAGAAAGCCAGACAGACUCACUCAAAUAAAACUUAGGUUUGUUUUGUAUGGUUUACUGGACAGUGCAUUUACAUGGAUGGAUUAGUCCAAUAACAACAGCCUCUCACAUUUUCAUAUAUUUAAUUUCAUCCCACAAUGAUGUUGCUGAGCAUGCAAUUCCGGCUACAGUAGAGUAAAUAUACCCUGCUGGGUCUUGUAGGAUCUUAACCCCUUUGCAUUGCUGGUUGUAUUGCAUUUAUGGAUGUGUGUGCUUGUAAAAUAUGGAUCUGUCUGUGUUGCGUGUGUUGUGUGUGUGUGUGUGUGUGUGUGUGUGUGUGUGUGUGUGUGUGUGUGUGUGUGUGUGUGUGUGAUAUGAGUGGGAUCACAGUGAGAGGAGCUGAAUCUAAGGUUCAGAGGCCAAGCCAGUAAUUCUACCAAACGAGUAACUCAGCAAUGGAUUGUAGACACUUUUGAGGCUGUAAGAAAAAUAAACCAGACCGAUAGAGCAGAGAGAGCCCGCAGAGGAUUAACUUGGGCUUGGCUCCUUGGCUUUGGCCACAUGAAAGAGCUAACCAGCGCUGAGCUACUUCUGAAUGUGUGUGUUUGAGUAAAGAGAGAGAGAGAGAGAG